UUGAUCAUAUGAUUGGUUCUGUCUUCAUAACAAAAAGUUGUAAAUUCAUUCACUUACCUUCAAAACAAGUGUAAAAAUGACUGCUGAUAAUUGUAAAAGUGACAAAAAUGCCACUGGGCAAUUGCUGGACUCCCUAUACUUGGACAUGUUUCAUUUAAUCGAAGCGCACACUCAAUGCCGCCUGGAUAUCGAACGAACAAACGCCAGUGGUGCCAUUCUCUUGGCUCGGACCAAGUUUCAGCAAGGCGGACAAUCGCUAUCGUCAGCCCAAAUUCCAACUGAGAACAGUGCGGAAUUCAAUGCCCUUUGUCGAGUUGUCGACAAAGCAGAUGAUGAUAAAACGGAUGAGGUCAGCAUUGAGAGACAUUCUGUCGACAAGGAGAACGGUUACGUGGAGCCUUUGCACUGGUUUAGCGUCUUGCCGCCAAUGAGCUUGCGGACUGCGGUGGAGCGAUUCAAGAAAUCCAUAGAAGUGGUUGCCGAAAGUACAAAUCUGCAACGGGAGCUUGCUAAAGUCUUGAAUGGCAUUGACAGGUUACGACGAUCCCUUGCACUAUAAAGAAAUCGCAUUGUAGCUUAACUAGAUAUUUAAAUAAGAAUAAAGUUAAAAAAAUGAGAUCAAGUUUUAUCUAAAAUCAAUAAACUAAAAAAAAUGUAAACAUUGCAUUUGAGUGGUGACAGAGGGACCGCAGUUGAAAAAAUGACUCAGACAUAAAUAUACCAACAAUGACUUUAAAUUGAGUAUGUGUCAUAAAAAAAAAAAAGACCGUAUUGUUUUUCAAUUAAUAGUUAUUAUUGUUGUUAAGCACCAAUACUGAGCUGAUUAAAAUCCCGUAGGUUAAAAAUAUAAAUAAUAAAAAAUUUAUUGGCAGCACUGGUUCACAAUAAUAUACUGAUCACGGGCAUAAAUGGUCACUCUGCUAAACGGUUCAAAAAAAACGAUUUCAAACCUCAAGUAAUCGAUUGUAGAAUUUUGUCAAGAACAAUUGCCAUUAUGAACGAGUGGACAGUGCCGUCAGCUGAUUUGUGGGUGAGUGGACAGUCUGGUGGCUCAUCAUUUUCGUAUCUGGCAGGAAAGAAUCGAUAUAUAUAUAAUCUUUAGCGAGAGCAACCAAAUCAAUAAUUUGCUAAUGCGCAGAAUAAGCAACCAAAAAACAACAAAAACAGUCAUUGUACCAAA